UGUGGGUGUGUGAGUCGUCGCUGGGUGUUUGUGCGUAGGUCGUGGUGUGUGUGUACUACAUGGCUGGCAGCCUGUUUGGAAGGCUCUCCCUGGAGGAGGAGGAGGACUCUGUCAUGUCCCUGGAGGGCCUGGAGCUCAGUGGGGAAGCCAUGCAGCAGGUUCUGGACACUCUGAGUGACAGCACCAGCUCUACCAUGGCCAAUGACCUGGACCUCAUCUUCCUCAAGGGCAUCAUGGAGAGCCCUGUGUUCCCAUCUCCCUACUACCCUCAGGCCCAUGAGAACCUGGAGGAGUCCAAGCUGGAGGCGGUGAGUGACAACAACUUGGAGCUGGUGCAGGACAUCCUGAAGGAGCUCACUCCCCUCACACACAGGAACAAGGCUGCAGACGAACUGGCACGCAUACUGAAGGAGCCACACUUCCAGUCUCUCCUGGAAACCCAUGAUACGGUGGCAUCCAAGACCUUUGAGACUCCUCCUCCAAGCCCCUGUUCCUUCAUGGACGCUGCCUUCAACAACCAGCCUGUAGCCCCAGACGCAGUCAGGAUGGUGGGCAUCCGCAAGGUGUCUGGAGAGCACCUGGGUGUGACGUUUCGGGUGGAGAGCGGAGAGCUGGUGAUCGCCCGCAUCCUCCACGGUGGGAUGAUCGACCAGCAGGGCCUCCUCCACGUGGGUGACAUUAUCAAGGAGGUGAACGCGAAAGAGGUGGGCAAUGACCCCAAGGUGCUCCAGCAGAUGCUGAAAGAGGCCAGCGGCAGCGUGGUGCUCAAGAUCCUCCCCAGCUACCAGGAGCCUCACACCCCACGCCAGGCGUAUGUGAAGUGUCACUUUGACUACGAUCCAUCCCAUGACAACUUAAUUCCCUGUAAGGAGGCAGGCCUGGGCUUCUGCAGUGGAGACAUCCUGCAGAUCUUCAACCAGGAGGACCUCAACUGGUGGCAGGCAUGUCACCUAGUUGGGGGCAGUGCAGGCCUCAUCCCUAGCCAGCUACUGGAGGAGAAGAGGAAGGCUUUUGUCAAGAAAGAUCUGGAGCUGGUUACUACAGGUCCUCUUUGUUCUGGAAUGGGUGGGAAGAAAAAAAAAAAGAUGAUGUAUCUGACAACCAGAAAUGCAGAGUUUGAUCGGCACGAGCUGAGGAUCUACGAGGAGGUGGCCAAGGUUUCCCCGUUUCGCCGGAAGACGUUGGUUCUGAUUGGAGCACAGGGAGUGGGCCGCCGGAGUCUAAAGAACAAACUGUUGGUGUCAGACCCCCUGCGCUACGGGACCACCAUUCCCUUUACCUCGAGGAAACCCAAGGUGGAUGAGAAGGAUGGACAGAUGUACUCGUUCAUGACUCGCAGUGAGAUGGAUUUGGACAUUAAGAACGGGCGCUUCCUGGAGCACGGCGAGUACGACGGGAACCUCUACGGCACCAAGAUCAACUCCAUCCACGAGGUGGUGGACGCUGGAAAGAUCUGUAUCCUGGAUGUCAACCCACAGGCACUUAAGGUUCUGCGGACGUCAGAGUUCCUUCCCUACGUGGUGUUUAUUGAGGCUCCAGAUUACGAGGUCCUCAAAGCCAUGAAUAAGUCUGCCAAAGAAGCCGGAGUGAUGACCAAACAGUUAACGGACUCUGAGCUGAAGAGGACAGUGGAUGAGAGCGAGAAGAUCCAGCGGGCCUACGGACAUUACUUUGACCUGAAUAUCAUCAACGACAGCCUGGAGGGGGCCUACUGCGGCCUGAAGACAGCACUGGAGAGACUGAGCUCAGAGCAGCAGUGGGUUCCUGUCAGCUGGGUCUUCUAAAGGCCAAUCAGAGGUCAGAGCUAGAGUUUAGGAGGUCAUAAGGAGGUCAUAAGGAGGUCAGGAUAGGGGUCAAAGGUCUGAGGAGUUGGUACAGGCCGCAGGUAUAGAGUUUCCCUCCGCAGCGUGUGACGCUAUACGAUGUGCAAGUUACGUCAAUUUUAGUUCCGUUUCCCUUGUUUUGUAGGCUAAGAAUGAGCCUCAAAUUUGCAUCAUCAAAGUCAUGAAAACGUGGCCAUUUAAGAUAUAUAUUAAAUUGUAUACGUGUUUCCGAGUGAAUUAUCUCUACAAUAUGCUGGUUUUCAACGUAUUUGAUGGCCAAGAAGAAGCAUAAAGCCGAAAAGUGAAAUCCGUUUCAUUAGAACAAACACACGUGAAUAACAAACUUUCGACAGCUUGCCAGUCUACAAACAAACUAUUUUUUUUUCAUACAAAAUCCAGCGUAAUCUAAUAUACAACACAUCAAACAGCCUGUAAGUAACGGGUUCUUACCGUGAAAGUUAGCUACUGCGUGACUGCGUGGUCUACAAUGGCAGCACACAGCCGAAACAUGGAAUAACCUGGAUAGAAACGUGUUUUAAACGCUUAUUUGAUAGCGAGGGACACAUUCAACCCGACAUGUCGUACAUUUUGUUCCUCGAGAUUAUGGAUAUGCAUUUGUUGAUGGGAAACGUUUUUGUUGUUGUUGGUGAAACCAAAUAGUUUGUUGAUGAAGGGCUCCAGGCUACGGUUCUUUCCACAACUUGGCAUCAGUAAACAGUAAAAGUAAAAAUGUUUAAUAUAAAUGUUAAUAUAAAUGCCUAGUUGUAGGACGAAGCUAGUAAGUCCUCGACUAGAGCCGUCAUGCUAUCAAAGCAGCAGGAGAUGUAGUUCAAAGGAGAGUUUUUUAACUUUCUGCGAUGUGUCUUACUUCUUGAGCGUCAAAUAUUUUGAUAAAAGACAUUGGGUAUGACUAAAUCAAUACACAAAUAUGAAUAUGAUGUUAUAUCAUAUAUAUCUUAAGUGUUUUAACAAUGCAUCGUUCCUACAACGGCCAAAUAUGUAACAUGUGUUUCCCAAAACUCUACGCAGAGAGAACGUUUGCUAAGUGCGUCGUUGGAGCAUGUGUCGAUACUGAUAGGAUCGAAAGAAAGGCAGUGCUGCUCUCGGUUCAGCUUUCUCCAUUCAAAUUUGACCAUAACAUAAAAAAAAAUUCACAAUACUGAUGACGGAUCAGCUGCUAGAGAGAUAUUACCACAUAUGGCAGCAAAUAUUGAGGUGGCUUAUUCUAACGCUUAUCCAAUAAUAAUGCACAAAAUUUGGCACAUUGCACAUGUUGCUACACAUCAUGACAAAUAGUGAGGCCAAAAUUACAAACAGUAGCCUAGCCUACAAUGAGCAAAAUAUAACUAAAUUGAUUGAACAUAAAAUGUAUUUCAAUAUGAUUGAAAUACUGUAUAUAGGCCUAUGUAGCCUAUACUAUUUAUCUUUCAAUGCAGUCAUCUCAGUUUUCAUUUGAAGCAUUGUUUGUCCAUUUUUGGUGUGUUUUCAACUGUUUUUCUCUAAUUUUCAUUAUCAGUUUGUUUCAUACAAUACUACAUACACCCGGGUAGAACUAUUACAAUAUGAAUCGCUGGGUACUCACCGUCCACCCGACCUCCCCGAAUUCCCUGAGAAGACGAAACAAUGGACUAGCUUCUUUGGCGAUGCGCCGAGCUGCUUGGGAGUCCUACCGGAGAAUAGGAAGUGAAGACACCAACAGAGAGGCAGACUAGGCGGAGUCUUAGUGAGAUUAAGACGCCGUGCGACCCGUCCUCCAUUACCGAGCAUACUACUCGCCAAUGUUCAAUCAUUAAUUAACAAACUUGACGAACUCAGAGCGAGGAUCUCCUUCCAGAGGCACAUCAGAUCCUGCAACAUACUCUGUUUUUCUGAGACUUGGCUUUCCUCCGACAUCCAAACGGAUUAUAUACAACCAGCGGGUUUUACUGUUUUUCGAGCGGAUAGGAAGCGGGCUCUCUCUGGCAAAAGCAAAGGUGUUGGGCUCUGCUUUAUGACCAACAACACAUGGUGCGAUGGAGAAACGUACAGGAACUUGCAAGCUUCUGCUCCCCCGACUUGGAAUACUUGGUCAUCAAAUGUGGCCCUUUUCACCUUCUGAGAGAGUUCACAGGGAUUAUCGCCAUGGCUGUGUACAUCCCGUCCCAAGCUGACACCAAAAAGGCACUCAAAGAUCUUCAUUGGACCCUGAACAAACUGGAGAUCACAUUCCCGGAGGCAGCGUUCAUUGUUGCGGGGGACUUUAACAAAAGUAAUUUGAGAACUGUGUUUCCAAAUUAUUAUCAACACUGUCUAACUUGCGGAAAUUCUACUCUUGACCACUACUACACACCUUUCGACACGGGUAUAAGGCACUCUCCCGUCCUCCUUUCGGCAAAUCCGACCAUGACUCCAUCUUGCUUCUCUCCACCUACAAACUCAAGAAGGAAGUUCCGGUGGUCAGGUCUGUACAGAGUUGGUCCGACCAAUCAGAAUUCAUGCUCCAAGACUGUUUUGAUCACAUGGACUGGAAUAUGUUUCGGGUCGCCUCUGGAGAUAAAAUCAAUGAAUACGCCAACUCAGUCACCGGAUUCAUAAAAAAAUGCAUAGAUGACGUGAUACCGAUAGUGUCUUUCAAAACGUUCCUGAAUCAAAAACUAUAGAUUGAUAGCAGCCUUGUAGGAAAACUGAAAGAGAGCAAUACUGCUUAUAAACAGGGCAAGGUUAACGGGGACAAUAGUUUGGUUAAACAGUACAAAGAAGACCUACGCAGAUCGACCAAGAUGACAAAACACAAGUAUAAGGACAAAGUGGAUGAGCAGUUCAGCGGGUCGGACACAAGGCAUAUGUGGCAGGGGCUACUAACGAUCACGGAUUACAAAAAGAAAGACAGCCACAUCGCGGUCCCCAACGCCACCCUAUCAGAGGAGCUAAGCACCUUUUUCUCACGACUUGAGCACAAUGAUCCUGAGCUGCCCAGGAGAGCCCCCGAUGACAACAUGGGCUACACACUCACAAUCUCCACUGAGGACGUAUGGCAGAUGGCAUCCCUAGCCUCAGAGCAUGUGCUGACCAGCUGGCUGUUGUGUUCUCUGACAUUUUCAA